GUAAGUGUAGUUCACUCACUGGCGCACUUCGGCAAUAUGGCGACGCACAGUGUCACUCCACGACUCAACAGACUGCUGUUUGCUGUGAAGUAUGCCUCACUUCAGUCCAGAUGUUGCGCCGUGCACUGCAAGACUCAUUAUUCUACUGUCUACAGUCCCAAUGAAAAGACCUUUGAUAAGAUCCUCAUCGCCAACAGAGGAGAGAUUGCUUGCAGGGUGAUGAAGACAUGCAAGAAGAUGGGCAUCAAGACUGUAGCUGUUCACAGUGAUGUUGACUCUACUGCUGUUCAUGUGAAGAUGGCUGAUGAGGCUGUGUGUGUCGGCCCUGCCCCUACCAGUAAGAGCUACCUGAAUAUGGACGCCAUCAUGGACGCUGUCAGAACGACUGGAGCACAAGCUGUUCAUCCUGGCUAUGGGUUCCUCUCUGAAAACAAAGAGUUUGCAAAGAGACUGGCUGCAGAGGAUGUGGCAUUCAUUGGACCAGGCACUGGUGCUAUCCAAGCAAUGGGAGAUAAAAUUGAGAGCAAGCUGAUUGCUAAAGCUGCGAAGGUCAAUACUAUCCCAGGAUUUGAUGGAGUGGUUGAGAAUGCUGAUGAUGCUGUGAAGAUUGCACGGGAAAUAGGCUAUCCAGUGAUGAUCAAAGCCUCUGCAGGAGGAGGCGGGAAAGGAAUGAGGAUUGCUUGGAAUGACGAGGAGACAAGAGAAGGUUUCCGCUUCUCAUCUCAGGAGGCAGCCUCCAGUUUUGGAGAUGACAGGCUGCUGAUUGAGAAGUUCAUAGACAAUCCAAGACACAUAGAGAUACAGGUGCUGGCUGAUAAACAUGGUAAUGCUCUGUGGCUGAAUGAGAGGGAGUGCUCCAUCCAGAGGAGGAACCAGAAGGUAGUGGAAGAAGCUCCUAGUACGUUUCUGGACACACACACACGGAGGUCCAUGGGUGAGCAAGCAGUGCAGCUGGCCAAGGCUGUGCAGUACUCCUCUGCUGGUACUGUGGAGUUCCUGGUAGACUCUAAGAAGAACUUCUACUUCCUGGAGAUGAACACACGACUACAGGUGGAACAUCCAAUCACAGAGUGUAUUACUGGUCUGGACCUGGUAGAGCAGAUGAUCCUGGUUGCCAAGGGUUACAAACUGCAGCACAAACAGGAAGAUAUUCCAAUAAACGGCUGGGCCUUUGAGAGCCGCGUCUACGCAGAGGACCCUUACAAGUCUUUCGGUCUUCCCUCCAUUGGACGGUUGUCUCAAUACCAAGAGCCACUCAACCUCAGCAAUGUGCGUGUAGACAGCGGCAUCCAGGAAGGAAGUGACAUCAGCAUCUAUUAUGACCCAAUGAUCUCUAAGUUGGUAACUUAUGGAGCUACACGAGCUGAAGCUCUUGCUAAGAUGGAGGAUGCUCUGGAUAACUACGUGAUCAGAGGUGUGACCCACAACAUUCCACUCCUGAGAGAAAUCAUCACCCACCCUCGCUUUAUCUCUGGUGACAUCAGCACCAACUUCCUGCCCGAAGUUUAUCCCGAUGGCUUCAAGGGUCACCAGCUGGAGGCGGACAAACGCAGGGAGCUGUUGGCUUCAGCAGCAGCUCUCUACAUCACUGCUCAGCUCCGCUCACAGAAGGUCCUGGGCAACCAGAGGUUGGCUUCUACAUCUGUGAAAUGUAGCAGCUGGGAGCUGUGUGUGGAGCUGGCAGAGCGACGCCAUGACAUCAAAGUUACAAAAUCAGGAGAUGUUUAUACUGUGGAGGUAGAUGGAGAAAAGGUGAAGGUGAGUGGACAGUGGAACCUUGCUUCCCCACUGCUGCCACUCACCAUCAAUGGCACUGACAGGAUGCUACAGUGUCUGUCCAGAGAUGCUUCAGGAGAGAUAGUUCUGCAGUUCCUGGGCACAUCGUUUAAGCUUCGGGUUCUGUCCAAGUUGGCUGCAAAGUUGAACUCCUACAUGCCAGAGAAAGUUCCAGAAGACACCAGCAGCAUCCUGCGUUCACCCAUGCCAGGCUCAGUGGUGGCUGUGUCUGUAAAGCCUGGAGAUACGGUUGCAGAGGGGCAGGAGAUCUGUGUGAUUGAAGCCAUGAAGAUGCAGAACAGUAUGACUGCUGCCAAGACAGCAAAGGUUAAGAGUGUCCACUGUAAACCAGGAGAGACAGUGGGAGAAGGAGACCUGCUAGUAGAGCUGGAAUAAAAAAAGACAACUUUUGAUGUGACAUCAGCACCUGGAUGUGCCUUAGUCCUGUCCACACAGGAACAUCCUUAGAGGCAAAAAGACUUUCACUGAUGUUGAUUUAUCAACCCCCCCCCCCAGUAGAGUUUUCUUUUCCCCUGAUAGUGACUCAGAGCUAAGCUGUAUGAGCUGUGGUACUCUGUUUCCUCCUCAUCAGACUCCUUCACGUUCCUGGGUUGAAAGAAAACCUCCUAUGAAUCUUUCCAUUCUGCCUCUGUUUUGUGUAUUUUCCUGAUCUGACUUUGUUUUUGUCAAAGGUUUGGUUCACAUCACAAAAAACUCAUGUUCACAUUAACUCCUUAGUACUGUGUAACCUUGCAGAUUGUUUUGGUUUAUGUGUCAGAGUUUGAAAGCCAUGCUAUGUAACGUCUGCUGAAUAGUGUCAUUAAUAAGAUGAUGAUGAUGAUGAUGAUGAUGAUGAUGAUGAUGAUGAUGAUGAUGAAGAAGAGUGGCAGUAGAGUAUAGAAGAGUCAUAAAAUCAAUAAACUGGCUCAGUUAUAGCUACAUUUCUCCAUAGGAAUUAUCUGCUGGAAGUGUGUGGACCUUUGGUUAAUAAAUUACCUUAGUUUUAUAAGCAUCAUUACAUUUUUCAAUGAUUUUAACACCAAAAGCAAAUUCCCUCUCACCAGUACUGUACUGUAUUGUAGGGGAGGCAGACACCUGAAGAACAGACCUCUCAAAACCUGAUCAGAGAAAACCAAAACUAUUUGCAUAGCUUGAUAGCACUUAAGGCAAAUAGCUGUAAUUGUCAUUUGGUUGAUCUGAUAAUUUCAAAGUAAAUAAAGUUUUUCUUUUCCA